AUGGAUAGCGAAGACAGUGAUUUGAGCAAUGGGUCGCUUGGGAUGCAUUUAGGUGCAGAAUUCGGUCCGGAAACUACUGAGUUUCUGUCCAAACAACCCUCAUCUUACAUUGCGAACAGUCCGGGAAAGCCGGAACCAAUGCCAUUUGGAGGCGACAUCCCACGUCUGAGCGUCUCCAUGACGCCUUGGCGCAUCUCGAAGCCGAAGGAGCGCAGUUUUGAUGAGUUGAAACAUAGCUACCUCGACUCUCACCGUGGAUCAGAACCCCCACAAGCACUGCCCACACUUGAGGCUUCGCCGCUCAAUUCAAGGCCCCGCACCCGUAACUCUCUCUUUUCUGAGGACGGUGUGUCCAGCUCUGCUACUGCGGCUGCGUCUGCUUCUUCUUCCACAGAGAUCGAGAACUUACAGAGACAAUUGACGACAUACAAACUUAAAUUACGCAUACUCACAGAACUACUGCGAGAAAUCAACUACACGCGAGACGGCUGCACUGAGAACAGUGGAACUCGAAGCCAGACUUAUGCAAAACUCAUUGAAAAGCUGCCUGCUCACGACAAGGCUGGUGAGAUACCCAAAGAGCUCGAGGAGCUUCGGCAAACGCUAGACGUGAAAAACAAAGAGAUUAUUGAGCUCAAACAAGAACUAGUGUCGAGCAAUGAGGAGUACAAAACGGUUUUAAACGACAUUAACUCGUACCUUGAGCAUUCUGAUGUGAUUGCUGGCAACAUUGACGAACUCUUGGGCAUGUUUUCUGCCAACCUAACACUUUCUGCUGAAGAAGCGGAUGCGCUUGAAAAGGCUCGUGGUAUAUCUAACAACUUCCUAGAUGUCAAAAUGAAUGCGCUGGCCUCAACUAUACGAAGGUUUUUGGACAUAUAUUCUACUUCUCAGCACCAGGAAAGCCGAGAAUUCACGAAUUCAACCGCACUAGAAGACUCACAUACUACCUCUCACUUUUUGGACCCCCAGUUGGAGGGCGCAAUAGAAACAAUGCACGAAGAAUACAACGGUUUCCUGAGAGGUUUGCAGGACAAAAUGAUGCAUGGUGCUGAAACAGAGAGAAUUCUAGAUCAAAAGCUUGAAAAGCAAAGAGACCUUUUAGCUCAAUUAGCUUUUUACUUCGAGAAUCAGCCGCCGCAAAUUUCUGGUAACAAACACUUGCAUAAAAAUGGUGUCGAAGAUCGCCCUACAAUCAAUGAUUUUGAGAACAAUUCCCGGACCUCUUUCGAUUAUGGUGAACGGGACAGUGAAGUGGUACACGACGGGCGAAAAGUUUAUGAGGAGAAUGAGACUGGCGAGGGGCAUUCAAAGCGCGUCAGUCGCAAUGAAAGCUCAGCAAAUCAAGUGGCACUCGACAGCUGGCUAAACGAAAGGCAAAGUCUCAUGGACAAACUUUCUGUUGCUGACGCGGAAGUACAGCAACUCACCACAGAAGUCGAGUUGCUAAGAUCAGAAAUUUCACUUUCUAAAAGUGAAUCGGAAAAUGCGAUUGCCGACCUUGAGAAAACGCUCAAGCGGGCGGUCAGAAAAUCGGGCCUUUAUAUAAGUGAGAACCGAGACAUGCAUUCUCACAUUAUGGCAAUGGAGCAUGAACUGCAAAACAUCACAAAUCAUAACCAAGAGCUUCAAAAGGGUGCUCUUAACAUUAAAAGGGACUAUUCACUGCUGGAAAAUGAAUAUCAUAAAUUUCGAAGCCAUUUGUUACUGCAUCUCAACAAAGUGUUUGACGUCUUUGAAAAGAUUUUACAGACUCAUUCAAUCAACCAAGCCAAAGGUAAGCUCAAGGCUUUAGAGGAUUUUGACAUCAAAGAUAACCACAGACCCUCACAUGCUAAGCUCGAAUCAUUGUAUGUCUUCAUCGAAACGGCCAUCAAUACGGUAGUCGAAGAACACGCAAAGAUUUUACUAAAAGAAAAGGAGAAAAGAUCAUCGCGCUUGUCGUCGCAAGAGGAAAACCCUGAUAUCAGCUCUAGCCUACGAAUUGAGCUUCUGGAGCGCAAAUGGGUGGCAGAACGAGAAAGAAGGAAAUUGGAUGCCGCUGCUGCGGAAUACCGGAUUUUGCACUUGGAGGAUGAAAACAAGCAGUUAAGACAGCGUCUCAGACAAAGCUAUAAAGGUGAGAGCUGA